AUGGCUGUUACUUUAGUACAAGCUCAUGCUAUGGCUAUGAUUCUAUCUAUGAUGACCUUCGGUUCUACGGGUAUUUUUAUGGCACGUUAUGGGCGUUCACUACGUUUCGGAGCUUACAAACAAUUACUGGGCAAAGCUGUCUGGUUUCAAAUACAUCGAUUUUUUCUUUCAAUAUCUUCAUUAUUAAUUCUGGUCGGCUUCUUAUUUAUUCUAGUCUGGGCUGGUGGCAAAUGGGUUAAUCCUCAGCUCUUAGGUUUACGUUUGUUUGCUCAUUCAAUAAUGGGUGGUACAAUUGUAUGUUGUGCUAUGAUACAAAUAUGGUUAACAUUAUAUCGUUGCAAUCCUAAUAGCCGCUUUCGUUAUAUUUUUGAUUGGAGUCAUCGUAUUGUUGGUUUAUUAGCAUUUAUUUUAUCAAUUCCAACGAUAUUUCUUGUAUUACGUCUCAUCGCUAUUGUUUCAAUUUGGGCUGCCUGGAUUGUCAUAGUAGUCAUGAUUUGUGAAAAGAUUGAACACAAAAGACGAGUAUCUGCAGCAUCAAUGGCAAACAACAUACAGCAAUGUGACAGAAAUCAGGAGACUAUGAAUACAAAUAUACGGCCAGAUAUUGAAGCAGGUACACAUACGACUGUGGUUAAUCAAUAUCAUAAUCAAAUAAAAUUACUUUUAUUUCUUAUUCAUUUGCUUAUAAGUAUUACUCUUUCUAUCUUACUGAUUGUAUUUGUUUGUCAAUAA